UGACCAGCAUUGCACUUGUUGGAAAGCUUAGCUCUUUUCUGACCUUGUUCCGGUGCUGUUCUGGCUUUCCGCGUUCCGCUUUCGGGCUGCUCAUCUGAAUUAUGCCGAAGGUAGUUUCCCGGUCAGUAGUCUGCUCCGACACCCGGGACCGGGAGGAAUAUGACGACGGCGAGAAGCCCCUGCACGUCUACUACUGUUUAUGCGGCCAGAUGGUCCUGGUGCUGGACUGUCAGUUAGAGAAAUUGCCCAUGAGGCCCCGGGAUCGGUCCCGUGUGAUUGAUGCUGCCAAACAUGCCCACAAGUUUUGUAACACAGAAGAUGAGGAGACCAUGUACCUUCGGAGGCCUGAAGGCAUUGAACGACAAUACAGGAAGAAGUGUGCAAAGUGUGGACUGCCACUCUUCUACCAGUCCCAGCCGAAGAAUGCUCCUGUGACCUUCAUUGUGGAUGGAGCAGUAGUCAAGUUUGGCCAGGGUUUUGGGAAAACGAAUAUAUAUACUCAGAAACAAGAGCCUCCUAAGAAGGUGAUGAUGACCAAACGGACUAAAGACAUGGGCAAAUUCAGCUCUGUCACUGUGUCCACCAUCGAUGAAGAGGAAGAGGAGAUUGAGGCUAGGGAAGUUGCUGACUCAUAUGCACAGAAUGCCAAAGUGAUUGAAAAACAGCUCGAGCGGAAAGGCAUGAGCAAAAGGCGGCUUCAGGAGCUGGCUGAACUGGAAGCCAAGAAAGCGAAAAUGAAGGGGACCUUGAUUGACAAUCAGUUCAAAUGAUCAGGACCUUUCUUUGAACCCAUACUGGAGAGAAACAUUUAGAUCAAGAGGAAAAAGAACUUUUUUUUUAUGACUAUGUGGACUGGUUCCUGCCUUUAUGCCUGGCAACAGAAGUAUUUACUUUGCUUCCCUUUGAUUUUCCUACAUUUGGUGAGGUCUUUGAGUCCAUCUCACCUGCUUUUUAGAAAUGGAUUUUUCUAAAUCUUUCUUUGUAUAGGUCUCUACUAUUUUUUAUUGUCCAUUUGAUAUAAACUUCAGCUGUGUAGGGACUAUAAAUAGAUCAGAGCUCUGGUAUUUCUAGUUUCUAAAGCAGCUGUUCUUAUAACUUCAAAGGUAACAGAAAUAUUAAAGAUAAAAAAAUGAUGUGUCAUAAAAAAAGCUUCAUGAAUUAUAUUUAAAGGUAUAUCAAGUCAGAUCUUUUUAAGUGAUUGUCCCUAUUCUUAGGCCAGUGGGUAUUGGCUAUGGUUUCAGUCUCUACUGUCAGAGAAAAAUCCAUAAAAAGCCAGAAUCUGCAUAAAGCUUCCUUUACUUUAAGUGUUAAAGCUGUAGGUGAGCCACCCGUUAUCAGGCUUUGUACUUAAAAAAGGGAAAGCCAGAUUGGGGUGAAUGGGAGGACAGCUCAGAUUUGAAUGAAAAUGGGGUCUGGUGUGGGUACAUGGGAAAGGGACAUAGAAUAAGAAAUGAUACUUAGAUAAACAAAAGUAUCUGUUGAGUAUUUUUUAUUUCACAUUUGCUCUUUGUGGAGGAAUGUUUGUAUGUAUAAAUACUUAAUGUCAUGCUGUUUAAUUGAUAACGUUAUGUAGUAUUUGUAUCCAUGUUUUUAUCUGUUCAUCUGUAUUACAAGGUGUUGGGGCAGGAGUGUUGAAACCUCCUUGUAUUACCUACAAUGGGUUUUACUUAGUAGGUGCCCAAGGCAUGUAUGAGGUACUGUUGAGAAAUAGUGGGACAUUUUUCUUUGCUUUUUUUCUGAUUUCCUGAUUUGGAUGGCAAAGUAGGUUAGAGUGGGGUAGAUGUGAACUAGCAAGAACUGGGAGAAAGUGGGUGGGGUGUCUUGGGAAAGCUGGGGGUGGAGCUGUGUUGCCAUCUGCCCAAUUAUUGGGCAUCCAAUGUGGUCUUUGCAAGCCAAAUCUUCCUCUCCACUUCAUUUCCUACCUUCAUUCUGAGAGAUAAUUAGGCCUCACCUAGAAAAGCAACCAUAAUGGCCUCAGAAUUCUUUGACCUCAACUCCAAACAAUGACCUUUACUCUCAUUCACUCCCCUGUAGCCACAAACUCCCAUGACCACAGCCUGGAUGUCAUCUCUACCACCUCUGAAAGCCACUAUUCUGUUCUCUCACUGUGAUCUUCUGACAUUGCUCCUCUCAUAUUCUUCACUGCCACUAAACCUGUCUUGUUUUGUUUUUAUAUUUGAAGGCUGAUUAUGUUAUUAGUAGUAAUCAUUAGAAGCAAUAAUGGUAAUAAUGGUAAUAAUGAUAAUACUAGCUACUUUUUGUGAAGUACUUACUCUGUGUCAGGUACCAUGGAAAGCACCAUAUAAGUAUUAUGUUAAUUUCAACGAAACUGAUAAUCCUAUGUGAUGGGAUUAACUACUACCAUUCUCCUUUUGUAAGCAAAUUCUCUGAGGCUCCAAGAGUUUAAAUUUCCCAAGAGCCCAUGGCCUGUGUGAUACAAUGAAUUAUAAAAAAUACAUAUUUGGUCAUUCUUAUGGCCAAAUGUGUAUUUCUCAGGCAUAUGUGGUCUUCCUCCAGUUUGUGAAAACACUGCAAUGUUAAAAGUGAAACAGGUGUUUUAUCAUGUUAAUGAGAGACUUUUGGACUUCCACCCAAGGAUGGGGGCUGGACGUUGAAUCACCCAAUGACCAAUAAUUUCAUCAAUCAUGACUAUGCAAUGAAGCCCUCACAAGAACCUUGGACAAGAGCUUGCUCAUUCUCUCUGCAUUCUGCUCUGCCUGCUCUACUUGGUUGGAUAUGGAUCCUGCUUCUUGGUCAGAGAAGAGCUUCGAUGCUUGGUGAACCAGAACGCCUCCACAUGCCACCAAGCCAGCCCCGAAGCUCCACAAGGAUAGAAGCUCCUUAAUUUGUGACCUUUCCCUAUGUCUCUGUUCAUCUGGCUGCUAACUUGUGUCCUUUAUGGUAUCCCUUAUUAAACUGGUAAACCUAAA